CCAGACAAACAGAUAUAUGUACACAUAUGUACAUAUAUGUGUUCACUGCCAGACAGACAGCUCAGAAAAUCGAAUCUUUUAGUCAAAUUUCCUGAAAAUCACUAGCGACACAGAAAGGAUGCCGCAAUCCCAAGUUUUUGUUAUCCUGGCUUUAAUUAUAACGAUUCACAGCACUAUGGCAGACAUUAAUUACGAGAUCUUGGCUGAUGAUGAACAUCCCAAUAAAUGCGUAAUCAAGAGCACCAAGGGCAAAACGAUCUUGGACAGUUUCGAGUCGAUUCAUCACCCCACCAAGUGCGCCCAAGUUGAGUGCGGCAAGGAUGGCUGGGCUUUAGUCUAUACUUGCGUAAAAGAAGACCCGCCAAAGGAAUGCGUAGAUGUCGAGUUUCCCCAUUGCUGCGAGAUGAAUGACUUGUGCAAUGAUAUUUGAGAAGUGACUCUGAUAUGAAGUUUUAAAAUUUGCAGUCUACAUAUUAGGAAAUACGUUGAAUAUUAAAGUAAAUAUGUUGGCCAUUACAAUAUGUUCGUUGUGGAAUCUAGAGUUCGAAAUUUGGAAAUUCAACUAUGAAACAUACUUUUAAAAACAAUAACCUUCUGUGCUUACGUCAGCUUAGCAAAACAAAAAACCAAACAGUUAUUGUUUAAUCGUGUUAAAAACCCCUCUGAAAGUCAACGUGAAAUUCCAGAUCAAUCAUGAGCGCGCUCCCUUGGCUCUUGCUGUCAAUCACGUUGCUGUCAAGCCUUCUAAUCGCGGUUGAACCAGUUAGCUGGCAAGGAGUCUACAGAGAUCCUAGACAUCCCGGCAAGUGCACCAUCAAUCCGAAACUGGUACUGAAUCCAGGGGUGAGAAUCAAGGAUCCCACAUACGACUGUGUUCAACUUGUGUGCGGAUACAUGGGUAUGGUCUCGUUUCUCGGGUGCGUUAAUAACCCACCGUCCCCUUGCCGAUAUGGGGAGACCAUUAAUCCAAAAUUGCCCUAUCCGGCCUGCUGUAAGCGCAAACUUCUUUGCAACUAAGUAGGCGGAUGGAAGAACUUCAUCUCAAACACAUUGUGAAUCGAAACGAUUCCCCAUCCAAUACUACUCAGAA